AUGUCUGAGAUGCGAACAGUGGACGUCAAGUCCCAAAUCGCGGACGAAACUGCAAAAGACAUUUCUCAGGGCGAACUCCAUUACGAGGAGCUUAGUGCAGAAGAUGACAAGAGAAUUCUACGCAGGAUUGACAUGUGCCUUCUCCCAGCAAUGGCCGCUUCAUAUAUGUUUCAGUUUCUAGACAAAUCUGCCCUCAGUUACACCGCCAUUAUGGGCUUACGAACAGACCUCGAGCUUUCAGGAUCUGGAUAUUCAUGGGCCAGCAGCAUCUAUUACUUUGGAUACUUGAUUGCAUCCUAUGUAGCUGGUGUUAUCAUGGUUCGGUUUCCCAUUGGCAAGACAAUUGCGGCAUCCAUAAUCAUCUGGGGAGUCAUAUUGAUGCUGACCGCCGUAACUUUCAACACUGGAAGCCUGUUGGCCAAUCGCUUCUUUCUGGGUGUCGCUGAAUCCGCCAUCGCCCCAGGUCUCAGCGUUGUCACUGCAAUGUGGUAUAAAAGAUCAGAGCAGCCUCUACGCCAUGGAGUAUGGUUCCUUGGAAACACGUGCGCAGGAAUCUUUGGUGGCGUCGUCGCUUAUGGUAUUGGACAUAUUCAGAGCAUUGCACCAUGGAAGGCCGUGUUUCUCAUUUUUGGAGCAAUCACUGUCGCCUGGUCGUUUGCCAUUUUCUUUCUACUUCCAGAUACCCCGAUGAAGGCAUGGUUCCUGAGCGAAGAGGACAGCCGAAAGGCCGUUGCGCGAGUCAAAGAUAACAUGACCGGCAUUAAGAGCGACAAGUUCAAGUGGUACCAAUGCACCGAGGCAUUGCUUGACCUAAAAACCUGGGGACUCUUCUUAAUCCAACUCUGCAGUCAGAUUGCCAAUGGAGGAGUGCACAGCUUCGGCUCUAUCGUGAUUAAGGGAUUCGGUUUCAGCACACUCAACACCCUCCUUGUCCAGAUGAUCAGUUUUGUGUUCCAGUUUGUCUUCGUCCUCCUUGCAACGGGAGGCAGCACUUGGCUGCACAACACUCGCACCUACUGGAUGGCAUGGAACUUGGCCGUUUCAAUUGUCGGAGCUGCAAUGGUUCGACAGAUUUCUUCGGACAACAUUUGGGCUCGCUUUAUGGGAUACUGCCUCACCGUCGCAUACAGUGCCAAUUUCCCACUGACAUUGGCCAUGUCGUCUGGAAAUUUUGGUGGAUUCACAAAGAAAACCACUGUCAACGCUAUGAUCUUCAUCGGGUAUUGCGCCGGAAACAUCAUCGGACCUCAACUAUUCUUUGAUGAUGAGGCCCCGUCGUAUCCUUCCGGGUUUCUGGCGAUGAUGAUCUGCUAUGGAGUUGCAUUGGUAACUUGUUUUAGCCUACGAUUCUACCUUAUCUGGGAGAAUCGCCGUCGUGACCGUGUUAGCAAUGAGGAGAUCAACAGUGAUUCUCAGGGAAGCCUGGAUUUCGGUUCAUUGGACAAGACCGAUAAGGAGAUGUCGCAGUUUCGCUACGUUUACUAG